AUGUCAGGACGGAGAACACAAUCGGAAUCACGUAUUACAUCUGAUAAGAGUCUAUCUGAUUCUUAUGGAGACAGUUUAGACCGAGAUAUUUCAUUUGAGCAUCGUCAUCCACUUGGUAAAGAUAUUGGAAAUCAUGUAUUUCACGAAUGUGAAAUCUAUAUUUUAAAACAAAUCGGGUUGAAAAAAGAUGAAGAUUUCACUAGAGACAAAAUACAAAUGCUACUGGAUAAAUAUUAUAAUCUUAAAAACACACACUGCAAACUAUAUAUGUUUGAAGAUUCAAUGAGAUUUGAACGACUGAAAUCAAUGGGUCGACAUUCAUUUCAUUCAGAAUUACGUUAUGAAGAUAUAAAACGUUGUUCAACAUUUCGUUCAAAACCACAAGCAUUGGCGUUAUGUGUUUCAAAUCAUUUCGAUGAUAAACGUACUUACGAAUUAUUUCGUUGUAAAUCACCCACUGAUAUCAAUAGAAUAUACAAUUUAAUAGAUAAAGCAACACAAUCAAAUUCAUUUCGUUUACCUCAUAAAUUGCCCAUAAUUUAUAGUGAUAGCAUUAAACAAAGUCCUUAUAUGAAUAACAAGAACAGAGCUAUGUCCGUUGAGUCAGUUCGUAAUUCACUGUUAAGACCUAAUUCAUUAGUGGGAGAUUAUAGUGAAUAUUCAAAGAAAACAUGUGAUGAAGCUGUUGGUUCAUGGAAUGCCACACAACUAAAUGAAUUUAAACGUACUACUUUAAAAGAUAUAAAAUUCGAUGAGAAUGAAAAUCGAAACAUACUAAAGUCAACUGUACAACGUGUAACUUCAGUACCAGUAGAAGUAAACUCAACACAAGCAUCAUUCAGAGAAGUUACCAAUGAAUCCGCAGUGAAUUCAAUAAAAAUAGAUGAAAUAUUCAAUGAUUACAAAUUACAAAAGUUUAACAAAUUGCCAAGAAUAAGAAUUGACAAGAAUAUGACAUUUCCAUAUAAAACUUGGGACGAUAGCAUAACAUAUUUACAAAUUCAUCCAAUCUAUGGACCGCAAAUCAGUGAACGUGGUCCAGUUUAUAUGUAUGCUAUACAAUUAUAA